GUGACCUCAGAAGCAGAGGGAGUGAAGCUAGGCGGUUCGACCACAGCUCUGAAAUAUCGUCGUAAACAAACGCAAAAUACGAUAAAAGACGAGAUUCACCCCCUUGAAAAAGGAAAAUUGUUUUGUCAGGCGAUGGUGCGGGCUGUGUGGGCGGUGCUCCGGGUGGUGUCUUGCGAGGGAGCCGCUGUGCUGAAAUCAAACAAACCUCGCGCUGGUGGAAUUGCUGCACUACGGCACCGGUGUACCCACGAGCCCAUCACUUCCGGCUACAGAGCUCUAUCAAGCGAGGCGAGACGCCUACAGUCUGCAGUCAGAAUGCCCGAGAUAUCGACAGAUAACCUGGACGAGAAGCAGGUCCGGCUGCUGUCGGAGAUGUGCAUUGUCAUCGACGAGAACGACGCAAAGAUUGGAGCGGACACAAAGAAAAACUGCCACCUAAACUCAAACAUCGACAAAGGUUUAUUACACAGAGCUUUCAGCGUAUUCAUUUUCAACAGCGAGGAGAAGCUGCUCUUACAACAGAGGUCUGACGCCAAAAUCACGUUUCCGGGCUGUUUCACAAACACAUGCUGCAGUCACCCUUUACACACAGACAGUGAGCUGGAGGAGAAGGAAGCAAUCGGAGUGAGGAGAGCUGCUCAGAGGAGACUCGAAGCUGAAUUGGGUAUCCCCAUAGAGCAGGUGACUCCAGAUGAAAUGACGUACCUGACAAGGAUCCACUACAAGGCCCAGUCAGACGGUGUGUGGGGAGAACACGAGAUUGACUACAUCCUCUUCAUGCAGAAGAACGUGGAGUUGAGCCCAGACCCCAAUGAGAUCAAAAGCCACUGCUACGUGAGCAAGGAGGAGAUGAAGGAGAUGUUGGAGAAGGCCAAGCGCAAAGAACUGGAGAUCACGCCCUGGUUCAGCCUCAUCGCAGAGACCUUCCUCUUCGAGUGGUGGGACGAUCUGCAGAACCUUAAGAAGUUCAUGGAUCACAAAAAUAUCCACCGCAUGUAGCCAAAGCCAGGAUCGGGCUCUACCUUCAGUCAUGUCAAACCUGUGGUUGUAGUAGUUCUUGCUUCACAUACAAGCAUAGCCAGCUGAGCUGCUAGAAAACACCAGGCACGCUGAAAUAUGAGUAUCACUGGCUACUUUUCCCCAGGAAGUAGUACGUGUAGGACUUCUACACCUAAAGAGGAGGCGGAGAAUGUCUUGCUAAACAGGGUGAUGUGGUUCAUAGUGGAUUUGUAGCUCUUGAGUUGCAUUCAUCUACACAAGUUGAUGCACGUAGGGCUGGUAGGGUGACUCUUAGUCUUAAGUAUUUAGUUCACAAAUAGAUUAUGAAUCAGUUCUGGUAAGCUGCACACUGGAUUUACAGAGUGAACUGCAGUAAAGACAUUUCACAUCUUACGCUACUAGGAGGCAAAAUGCAAUCUCGUUAUCGACAACUAAAUGAAGAGAAUGGCCUAUUUUUAUAUAAAAACUUAAAAGUGCCCGAGUACAGGUUAUUAGGUUGGGAUGUAUAGUGUCUCCAAGUAGUGAUGUCACAACAACCAAUGUCGCCUCUGUGUAUUGUAAUUAUAUCAAUGAACAAGCUGCUUUUGCACUCUUUUACACAAAGUGUUUGAUUGUGGUCUGAUGGCUGUAUUUACAUGUGUGUAUAAAAGAACGGCUUGAUGUCAAUAAUGUGACAAUAUUAGAGAUCAAAAUAUCACCUCAUUCAAUAAUAAUUUGGUCAAAUAGAUGGCGCUUUUGACUUGGUGUAACACACAUCAGUUCACAAUAAUAAGUGUACACGUACUAAAGGUGUCCCCAUUAGGCCACUGCAUUAACACUUCUCUACAACUUCACAUUAUCAAAACACAAUCACAAAUAUUGUCUCUUAUGCAAUGACAAAGAAUAGUACACAAAGGGCUGUUUAAUUGCUGAAAGUUGUUAAAGAAAUGUUGAAUUAAACUUGUGUUGAAUAAGAGAUGCUUUAAUAGAACUGUGAUGUACUUUAUAUUGACACAAAGGCACAUUUCUAUUAUAGCACCAAAGCUGAUACGUCAGAAGCAUGCUUUCAUCGUGCAACCAUAAAAACUAUCCGUGACCAGAUGUCAGUAAGCAGUACUGUAUCUCGUUUCUGUGGUGACAGCAUGUGUAAUACUGAUAUACAUAGUCAUAUCUAUGGAAUUGACAGUCCUUGUCCAGGAACAACAGCGAAGUAACUGGCACAAUGGUAGACCACAGUAAAUGUACACACAUACAAGUCAUGAGACUGGCACAAUACCACCGAAUCAAUGAGACCACUUUCUAGUCGUCACAAUAUUUCAUACUUAAGGUACAAACCGCUCUGGGGCUACACAGGUUUAUAACCGACACACACAGUUUGGCAUUUCAUUGAGUAAUGAGUAAAACGUUAGAGUGCAUAAAGAAGCAGGUGCAUCCAUUAAUAUUAACAAAGCUACUUGGCUAUUUGUACAUAAUUAUGCUACUAGCAGCGCUGCAGCUAUUCCACUGAGGAUGUAAACAGCGUAUAUGGGGGGGGGUCCACUACCCUAUGAUAUAUAUACUGAGUCACACCAGUUUCUCAUAAUUAAAAGAUCCCCUUUGUUAUCUUAAUGCCUAAAAGACGUUUACAAAACUAUUGUAACUGCACACUCCGAAUUAAAGAGCCUGCAGCCGACUAGUGAACACACAGUGCAAUGUUUGAGUGAUUACUUCUGAAACAAUGAAUGCUUAAAUGUGUAUUUUUAAUACUUUCUUUAAAAAAAAAAAAAAAUCUUAAAAGUGCAAUUCCCUGCCUAUCAAGUUAUAUUUUCAACAAUGGCGGAAUGAUUAUGCUUGUUUCCUAUUUCUAAUAUGCAGUAGCACUGAAUAACAGCUAAAAUGAACACACAAUGCUAAGAUAUAACAAAAGCUAUUUUGACACUUAAAAAUACACAGGUUGGUCAUGAGUGUGGAUGCAUUGUGUGUUUGGGGUGGUUGUUUUGGACUAAGCUGCAUGCUGGUAUUUCCUUGAGGUGGUGAAAUAAAGGUUUGAGUAAGGCAAGUGUA